GAAGAUGAACCGACCGUGGUCCAGAGUCUGUGACGUACAACAGUUGCUGCUGUUAUUGUGAGAACUUGAGAAGGAAAAUUCAAUAACAAGGUCCAGUCCGAAUGCGGAAAUAGAGAAAUAAGGAUGCAUGUUUGAUGAAGCAUUGAUAUUGUUUGAGCAGUGCCAACAUACGAUGUUCCCCUUGAAAGAUGCGCAGCUUGGAGCCUUCACCUUCUUUGCUUCUGCUCUCCCACAUGAUGUUUGUGGGAGCAACGGGCUGCCCCUCACUCCAAAUUCCAUCAAGAUACUGGGGAGGUUCCAGGUCCUAAAGACCAUAACCCACCCCAGGCUCUGCCAGUAUGUGGACAUCACAAGGGGAAAGCACGAGAGAUUGGUGGUAGUAGCUGAACACCAUGAGAGCAGUGUGGAAGACUUGCAGAAACAGAGGAAACCUGUGAGCCAUGUGAAGGUCCUCCAAAUUGCCUAUGAGGUUUUAGAAGGACUAGAAUACAUGAACAGGCACGGAAUGGUUCACAGGGCACUGGGACCUCGCAAUAUCCUUAUGGAUCAAAAGGGACACGUAAGACUGGCCAAGUUUGGUCUCUACCACAUGGCUGAUCACGGUGCUGAUGUGGACUUUCCUAUUGGCUACCCCUCCUACCUGGCUCCUGAGGUCAUUGCUCAGAGCUUUCUUCACCCCACUGAUCACACGCGGAGUGAGAAGCCUCUGCCCUCAGGCCCCAAGACAGAUGUGUGGUCCCUCGGUGUGAUUCUUUUUGAACUCUGUGUGGGGAGAAGAGUUCUACAAAGUAUAGAAAUAAGCGAGAGAUUAAAAUUCAUUCUCAACCUGGGUUGCAUGGAUGACAUUGUGACGGUCCUGGCUGAAGAACAUGGCUGCUUAGAACUAGUUAAGGAGCUUCCUGAAAAUGUUUUAGCUUUAUUGAGGAAAUGCCUCACAUUUCUGCCUUCAAAAAGAUUUACUCCUGCUGAAUUGCUGAGGGACAGUGUGUUUGAUGAAAUUUCUUCCUUCUACAAACCUUACCAGAAGCCAGUCAGUCUUUUCUCCUCCUCUCUACGUUGUGCGAAUCUAACACUCCCAGAGGACAUCAGUGAGCUUUGCAAAGAAGAAGAGGACUACCUAGCAGAACGAUCUGUUGAUGAGGUAUAUUACUUGUGGUGUCUGGCUGGAGGAGAUUUGGAAAAAGAGCUCACGAAUAAGGGAAUAAUCCAAUCAAAGCCUCCCAUUUGCACAUUGCCCAAUUUUCUGUUAGAAGAUGGAGAAGUAUUUGGGCAAGGAAAAGACAGGAGCUUUCUCUUGGAUGAUACAACUGUGACUCUAUCAUUGUGCCAGCUUAAAAACAGGUUGAAAGAUGUUGCAGGAGAAGCAUAUUAUCCAUUACUGGAAGAUGAGCAGUCAAAUUUACCCCAGUCAAACAGCAACAAUGAGCUAUCAACCGCUGCAACUCUUCCUCUCAUCAUUCGAGAAAGAGACACUGAAUAUCAGCUCCACAGGAUCAUUCUGUUUGACAGGCUUCUGAAGGCAUACCCAUACAAAAAGAAUCAGGUUUGGAAAGAAGCACGAGUUGAUGUACCCCCUCUAUUAAGAGGUCUGGCCUGGGCGGCACUGCUGGUAGUUGAGGGAGACAUUCAAGCUAAGUACGACGCUACUGACAAAGACACACCUAUCCCAACAGAUAGACAGAUUGAGGUGGAUAUCCCAAGGUGCCAUCAGUAUGAUGAGCUGCUUUCAUCCCCCCAGGGCCAUGUAAAGUUCAGACGGGUACUAAAAGCAUGGGUAGUGUCUCACCCAGGUCUUGUGUAUUGGCAAGGUUUAGACUCUUUAUGUGCUCCUUUCCUGUAUCUGAACUUUAAUAAUGAAGCCUUGGCCUAUGCCUGUAUGUCAGCAUUUAUUCCCAAAUACCUUUAUAACUUCUUUCUUAAGGACAACUCGCAUGUCAUACAAGAGUACCUAACGGUGUUCUCCCAAAUUAUCGCUUUCCAUGACCCCGAGCUGAGUAACCAUCUCAAUGAAAUUGGCUUCAUACCAGACCUCUAUGCCAUUCCAUGGUUUCUCACAAUGUUUACACAUGUGUUUCCCCUGCACAAGAUUUUCCACCUGUGGGACACUCUGCUCCUUGGCAAUUCCUCGUUCCCAUUCUGCAUAGGCGUUGCAAUUCUCCAGCAGCUGAGGGACAGGUUGCUUGCCAAUGGCUUCAAUGAAUGCAUCCUUCUGUUUUCAGAUUUACCAGAAAUUGAUAUAGAGCGAUGUGUACGGGAAUCAAUCAACCUUUUCUGUUGGACACCCAAAAGUGCCACUUACAGGCAGCAUGCCCAGCCACCCAGACCUGCUAACGACAACAAUGGAUUUAACAAAACAUCAUCUUAUUACUCUACGGACUAUCAAGAGCUCCCUAAAACAGACCUGUCUCGUGAACCUGUACGGCUAAGCGAGCUGAAGGCAGAGGUGUCCCCACGGAUUUCAGCAGAAGAUCUGAUUGACCUUUGCGAGCUGACAGGCCUCAGCCAUUCCAAGACUCCCACCAAGAGGACCAAAUCAAGCAAACCUAAGAUACUGGUGGUCGAUAUUCGCAGUGGGGAAGAUUUUAACCGGGGCCAUAUAUCGGGCAGCAUAAACAUUCCCUAUAGCACAGCCUUCGGACCAGAGGGGGAGCUGGUCCACUGUGGCGCCACAACAACUCUCCAGAGCUUCAAGGGAAGAGUCAUUGUGGUUGUAAGCCAUUCAGUGAAGAGUGCAGCCAGUUUUGCAGAGCAUCUAGUGAAGGUGUCCUACCCACGGGUUUGCAUUCUGGACGGAGGCAUCAACAAGAUGAAACCUACAGGCCUACUCACCGUCCCCUCUCCUCAGAUCUGAGCAGCAACCGAACGCAAAGCAUUGAGUGGGCCGACUGUAGUUGAGUGCUGGUUAUGCAGGUUACAAGAAGUCAGCAGAGAUGAAAGGGCAUUUUUUUAAUUUAAAGGGUUAAAGAUCAUGCAGUGUUACUUUGCUGUAUACUGUGUUGUCCAUGUUGUCUUGGAUCAUGGAUCACCUGUAGAAUAUAUUUCUCAACUGUUCACCAGGAUAAACAAAUUUAUUUUAGAAGCGCCAAUAGUGUAUUUACUGUAUCCUGCUCCAUUUUUUUUUUAUCAAUCGGCACCACACAGUUUUGGAAGAGGGAGCAUGAACUGGGUCCACUGCACUGCCAAUAAAAGUAUGUAUUUCCAGAUGAUUUAUGACUUACAAUGUGGUUUUACCAAAUUACAGUAUGUUUUCAAUUUCAAAUGACCACUCAGUAAAGAAAGUCACUAAUCAGCACUGUUUUUGAGUGGAUCAAAACAUGGUACACAGGUCAUUAUUGUACAUUACAAAAUCAAAGAAUUGAUUCUUAGUAUAAAGGAACGCUUAUCAAGAGUAUAAACAUGGGUGUUGUCACAUAAUAAAAAUCUAAUCAAACUAA